CUCUUCCCGCGCCUUUGUUCCCGUCUCUUGCUCUGCGACCAUGCCCGCCGUCAAACAACAUGAGCUUGCCGACCGCGAGACCACUGCGGAGAUCAUAGACAUCCGCAGUGAUGCCGUGGAAAUCGACAUCAAAAACGAGGUCGAGGCCAUGAUUGGUCCCAAGGAAGGACCCCGCAUGCUCCCGACCUUGCUCCUGUAUGACGAGAAGGGACUCCAGCUCUUUGAGGAUAUUACCUACCUCGACGAGUACUACUUGACAAACUAUGAGAUCGACGUACUGAAGACCUCUGCCACCGACAUGGCAAGCAACGUCCCAACAGGUGCCAUUGUGGUCGAGCUGGGUAGUGGAAACCUGCGAAAGAUCCGGCUCCUUCUGCAAGCGUUUGAGGACGCCGGCAAGGUCAUUGACUACUAUGCGCUCGACCUUGACCACCGAGAGCUGGAGCGCACCCUGUCCCAGCUCCCUGCUUUCGAGAACGUCACUUGCCGCGGCCUUCACGGGACGUACGAUGACGGGAGGGACUGGCUGGCUACUAUGAAGGACCGCCCGAAGUGUGUCCUUCACAUGGGAUCGAGCAUUGGAAACUUCCAUCGUGAUGACGCAGCCAAGUUCUUGGAGGGUUUCGGGCGGAUCAUGGGGUCAGGGGAUUGCAUGUUUGUCGGCGUGGAUUCGUGCAUCCGCCCUGACAAAGUAUAUUUUUGUCGCAAGCUCACGAAGAUUCCUUUGCCAGAUCACAAGGGCCUCACACAUCAGUUCAUUCUCAACGGGCUUGAAAACGCCAACAGUCUCUUUGGAUAUGAAGUAUUCCACAUCCCUGACUGGAAGGUGAUCGGCGAGUACGUCUAUGACGAAGAUGGCGGACGCCACCAGGCGUUCGUAGCACCCGUCCGCGAUGCAGUGGUGCUCGGCCACCAGAUCAAGGCUUUUGAGCGCAUCAAGAUCGAGCAGAGCUUGAAAUACAGCUCUUCCGGCAGCAUCAAGCUCUGGAAGGCCGCAGGUCUCGUCGAGGCGCACCGCUGGACUCUUGGCGAUGAAUACGGUAUGACAACCACCUCCUCAAGACCCUUCCAACUCGAUUACAACAGACUCGAAACUAAUGACGUGAUCUCUCUCCUAGGCAUCCACAUGCUCCGCAAGGAAUCCCUUGAUUUCCCUCUGCACCCGUCCCUGUAUGCCGCACACGCCCUCCCCUCCGUCCACGACUGGACCGCCCUGUGGGCCGCGUGGGAGAUAGUCACCCGCCGCAUGCUCCCGGACCAGGACCUGCACGAGAAGCCCAUCAAGCUCCGCAACGCCUGCGUCUUCUACCUGGGGCACAUCCCAACCUUCCUCGACAUCCAGCUCACCAAGACCACCGGCACGGCUCCCACGGAUCCCGCGUCGUACUACACCAUCUUCGAGCGGGGCGUCGACCCGGACGUCGACAACCCGGAGCUCUGCCACCAGCACUCCGAGAUCCCCAGCGAGUGGCCCCAUGUCCAGGACAUCCUCGCGUACCAGGAGCGCGUCCGGGCCCGGCUCAUCUCCCUGUACAAGAAUGGGGAGGAGAGCAUCGUCAGGGGCGUGGGGCGCGCCAUCUGGCUGGGCUUCGAGCACGAGAUCAUGCACAUCGAGACGCUGCUGUACAUGAUGCUGCAGAGCUCCAAGACGCUGCCCCCGCCGCAUCGAGAGCGUCCCAACUUUGAGAAGCUCGCCGAGGCGGCGGUCAAGGCCAGGGUCGAGAACGAAUGGUUUGACAUUCCCUCGCAGGCAAUCACCAUCGGCCUGGACGACCCUGAGGAGGGAACUGAUCGCGAUGUACACUAUGGCUGGGAUAACGAGAAGCCCGCCCGAGAGGAGACUGUCCACGCCUUCCAGGCAAAAGGUCGUCCCAUCACCAAUGAAGAGGUGCCCACUAGUCCAUUCCACCACUUUGAUUUUACCUUUGCUAACAAGACCCAGUAUGCCAAGUAUAUGAUCGCCUCAAAGCUUGAACAAGUUCCCGCCUCUUGGUUCGUCCCCGAGGCCAGGCCCAUCACCCCCGACGAGCCAUUCGAGUCCUUCCUCGAGGGCAAGUUCGUCCGCACCGUCCACGGCCCCGUCCCGCUCAAACUUGCCCUUGACUGGCCUGUCUUCGCAUCCUACGACGAGCUCGCGCCCUGCGCCGCCUGGAUGGGCGGCCGCAUCCCCACGUUCGAGGAGGCGAGGAGCAUUUACGCCUACGCGGACAGACUGAAAAAGGACCUCCUCAAGAGCAAGCUCGCCAACAAAGUCCCCGCCGUCAACGGCCACCUCGUCAACAACGGCGUCCAGGAGACCCCGCCACCCUCCCCUCCCCUCUCCCUCGACGACGACGGCGAGGCCAAGCCCCCGUCCGCCGUCGAGGACCCCCUCUUCACCGACCUCAACUCCUGCAACGUCGGCUUCCGCAACUGGCACCCCACGCCCGUCACCCCCCACGGCGCCCGCCUCGCCGGCCAGUCCGACCUCGGCGGCGUCUGGGAGUGGACCAGCACCGCGCUCAGCCCCCAGCCGGGCUUCGAGCCCACGCCCCUGUACCCCCUGUACACGGCCGACUUCUUCGACGGCCGCCACAACGUCGUCCUCGGCGGGUCGUGGGCCACCCACCCGCGCAUCGCCGGCAGGAAGAGCUUCGUCAACUGGUACCAGAGGAAGUACCCCUACGCCUGGGUCGGUGCCAGGCUCGUCCGGGAUGUGCAGGAG